CCCCGGCAUGUGCCCUGACCGGGAAUUCAACCUUGACCUCCUGAUUCAAGUGUCCAAGGUCAACUACUGAGCCACACCUGCCCAGCGAAAGUAAUUUUUCAUUUCUGGCGUUGAGCUGGCUUUACUUGUUACCUAAAAGAGCAAUACUUGUUACCUAAUGGAACAGCAAAGAAGUUUGGAGUAUGACUACAGGCUUUGUAUUUCAACCCAAUUGCCAUUGAUUACCCAAAAACAGGGCGCAACAACUGUUCCUUGGGAGGCGGGGCCUCGCUCCCCGGAAGCGCCGGCCGCCCCGCCCUCCUGCUUUGGUUUCCUGGUUGCUAGGCUACCGGCGCCCCAGCCGAAAGCGGUGGAGGGUGAGCGAGGUUAGCUCCUCUGCUCCGUGCACAGCUGGGCAUCUGAACCCGCUGUGCCGUGGCCUCCCGCCUCGCCUAGGAUUUUCAACCACCGUAGGCGCCGCGCCCUCCACUGAGCCUGGGACAGGCAGGCGCGCAGAGGCGGUUGCACCCUUCCCUCUGCGCUUCUCGGAAAUCUCCCUUCCCCGCCACCACCACCCUUCGGGAAACUGCCCUUCACGCCUUUACCCGGACCAGGAAACCCUGAACCCCUGAAUUUCGGGCCUCUGACUUUUCUUUUCCAUCCACCCCGAGACAACUUUUCUCGUUUUUUUCACAUCUUGCGGCAUCUCUCUGCUUGCCGAGAGGAAAGCAUGGGGCCUGCAAGGGUACGGGUGCCUCGGGAGGAGAAGGCUGGAAGACGUGUCGCCCUCCCUAAUUUCUCAGCUGUGUAAUCAGCUGCCCUUUUGGAAACCGGGCAAGGGUGUGGCUGGAUGCCUAUGUGAAUGACUGGUCUUCGGUAUGCCAUACAGAAGCAACAUGUUGCCAGCAUUGGAAGCAGAGCUAAAGCAGAAGACUCUUCCUGAUCCCUAUGAAGUCUUUAUGUACCAUCACCUCCAGUACUAUGGCUACUUUAAAGGUGAAAGAGGCAGUGCACCAAACGCGGCUACGCACCAGCAUGUUUGGAAGAAUAAGCCCCGAUUUGUCUUGAGUGACUCUUUUGGGGGAAGAGAUGAUUUGAUACCAGACCACCUGGAAAAGAAGAACCUUCUGUGGCCUACCUGUCUAUCCUCAGCUGUGCAUCAACAGACAGACGCUGUGAGCAAAGAUUCCUUUAUGCUGAGUUCAUCACUUCUCAGGAGCAGACUCUUUCUUCACGAUGAUUUUGGUGAAGUAAACCCAUGUCUUCGGGAACCCCAAGAUCUCUUUGCCUUUUACUCUUGCAGCGGGCAACUGCAGGUUCCCAGGUGGCCAAUAGAAUGCGAGGUCAUCAAAGAAAGCAUUCAGCAUAUUGAGGGAGUUCCACCUCAACCAGAAUAUUUUUAUCAACCUACAGGAAAUGAAAAGGUACCAGAAAUUGUAGGAGAGGAAAAAGGCACAAUUGUCUAUCAAUUAGAUUCAGUGCCCACCAAAGGCUCCUAUUUCACCAGCUCCAGAGUGGGAGGCAAGCGGGGAGUGAUCAAGGAGCUCGCUGUCACACUGCAAGGACCAGAAGAUAACACUCUCCUGUUUGAAUCAAGGUUUGAGAGUGGGAAUCUGCAAAAAGCUGUCAAAGUAGACACCUAUGAGUAUGAACUCACCUUACGAACUGACCUCUACACGAACAAACACACUCAGUGGUUUUAUUUUCGAGUUCAGAACACCAGAAAAGAUGCCACCUAUCGCUUCACCAUCGUCAACUUGCUAAAACCCAAGAGCCUUUAUACUAUAGGAAUGAAGCCACUCAUGUACUCCCAAUUGGAUGCCAACACCUGCAACAUUGGCUGGAGGAGAGAAGGAAAUGAAAUCAAGUACUACAAGAACAACACGGAUAAUGGGCAGCAGUCCUUUUACUGUCUCACGUGGACCAUUCAGUUUCCUCAUGACCAGGACACUUGCUUCUUUGCACACUUCUACCCAUAUACAUACACGGAUUUGCAAUGCUACCUCAUGUCGGUGGCAAAAAACCCUGUCCAGUCUCAGUUCUGCAAACUCCGCACUUUAUGCAGGAGCCUCGCAGGAAAUACCGUGUACCUGCUCACCAUCACCAACCCAUCCCGAACCACGCAAGAGGCUGCUGCAAAGAAAGCCGUGGUCUUGAGCGCCAGGGUCCACCCUGGGGAAAGUAAUGGCUCCUGGAUCAUGAAAGGCUUUUUGGACUUCAUUCUUAGCAACUCCCCAGAUGCCGAGCUCCUCAGAGAUAUCUUUGUCUUCAAAGUGAUUCCCAUGUUAAAUCCAGAUGGAGUGAUUGUGGGGAAUUACCGGUGCUCGUUGGCUGGCAGGGACUUGAACAGGCAUUAUAAAACCAUUCUGAAGGAGUCUUUCCCCUGCAUCUGGCACACCAGGAACAUGAUCAAGAGACUUCUCGAAGAAAGGGAAGUUCUCUUGUAUUGUGAUUUCCAUGGCCACAGCCGCAAGAAUAACAUCUUCCUAUAUGGCUGUAAUAGCCACGAUCGCAAGUACUGGCUUCAUGAACGAGUCUUUCCUUUCAUGUUGAGCAAAAAUGUACCAGACAAGUUCUCUUUUCAUAGUUGUAAUUUUAAGGUCCAAAAGUGCAAAGAAGGAACAGGACGUGUUGUGAUGUGGCGGAUGGGAAUCCUGAACAGCUACACCAUGGAAUCUACCUUUGGCGGGUCCACCCUGGGCAAUAAAAGAGACACUCAUUUUACCACUGAGGAUCUGAAGUCCCUAGGCUACCACGUCUGUGACACCCUCCUGGAUUUCUGUGAUCCUGACCGAACCAAGUAUUUUUCUGAAGCUUUUAUGAUCAAAGAAAAUAAGAAAGGCCCAGCCUACACACUCUCGGCAAAUGUUCCUUCUUCAUUUCCACAGUUCAUGCAGUGUCUAGUAGAGCUUAAAGAGCUCUUACAAAAGGAAAUUUAUAAGAAAUUCAAUGAACUUGGACAAGAUACGGAUUUAGAAAGAAGUUGGAAUGACAUCCCUUUCUCUGACAUCGAAUCCAGGUUUCACAAGGCCAGAGAUCUUUAUUUUGUUCACUUCUAUAUCUCAUGCAUCUCUACAACCGUACCUGGCACAUGGGGAGAGCUCAGUAAAUACUUGUUGAAUUAAUUUAGUACAUAGAUCUCAGCCCCACCCUCAUCGUCUCCACAGCUAUAGGUGGGUGGGUAUCUCACGUGUGUGCAAGAACACCAGCUACUCCAGCUUCUGGCCAAGGUGCCUCAAGCCUGCACCAGCUGCCCUCAGUCAGAAGGUUUCUGGGCUAGGCAUGGAGGUCUUCUUCCAGGGGCUGCACUGUAGUCUGUGUGGACGGUGGGAAGCGGAUGGCUCUCCCACACUCCCUGUGGCACAUCGACAUCUGACCCUAAAGCAGUUCUGCUGGCUGAGUCUCCUAGAUGCCUCCUUAGGAACCUUAAGCCAGACCAUCAGGCCCAGUGAAGCGCCCCCUUCACCAGGUCACCUCUUCCAUUCUCCCAGAAUCCUUUGCCUAACUCCCCAGGAUAAGUGCACCAACCCACUCUCACCCUCAAAAACUAAAUGUCCCCUGCAUAGCAACUCAUACAACAGAGCCCAGGGGACUCAACUCAGAAACAGCCAGACGCUCAGCAGGGAAUGCCGACGCAUUCAGUUAGGAAUUAUGGAAACCAGUUUGCCAGCCUCUGCAUCAGGAACCCCCUUUCCAUUCUCACCAUUACACAGAGAAGCAGACUGAGUGUACAAGCUCAGUUGGAGUUUGCUCUGUCUGGGUGUGAACACUGGUUUUGAGCAUUUCUGGGCCAUACAUACUGCACCUAAUGCUCUUAUCCCAUUUGUUAACGCUCUCCAUUGCCUCUGAAAGGCACCAAGGACUGUUAUCUAGUGGCCUCAAAGGCUGUGGAAUUGGGAGUUAGAUCAGAGAAGAGGAGGCUUUCUUCCCGCAGUCUUCUGUUGGGCUCCUCCUUGUUGUGCACUGGCGGGAGGAAGGGGGAGCAAGAACAGAAUGAAAGGGCUGAGCAAAAGGAUGGUUUGAAAUGCUGUCUUUACCCAGAUUUGAGUUUUGUGCCGAAGACAUUUUUUUAUAUGGAGCUCAUGUUGCAGAGCACAGCUCUCAAUUCCAGCCAGCCACUCUCCAGGAAAGGGGAAAAGAUAGUGUGACACAUGAUAAAGGAAGAAAGGGUUCAUUAUCUGAGGACUCAUUCAUCCUAGCCCUUGAAGACUGGGGGCGGGGACAGUUCGUGAGGGAGGACUUGUGAUCGGUCUAGACACGCAUCCAGAACUUUUGAAAUGUGAAUUGGGGUGAUGAAAAUAAUAGUCCUAGUCUCUGACCUAUAGAUUCUUUGUAUUAAAUGUAUUUAUUUAUAUAUUGAACAUAUUCUUAAAGAAGACCUGGUAGGAUCCUGGCUUUCUGAACUGGUACUGGCCAGACAGGAAUGAAUGAGACAGAGUCCCUGCUUCCAAACAAAUAACAGUUCCCUGGCAUUCUCAAGGGCUGCACAUUGAGAAUCCUGCAGCCUCUCACAGUUGCUGCCAAGGGCAGCUCUGCCCAUCUGGC